AUGAACACCCGCUGGCCAGAAAUUGGGAGCACGCUAGAGCUGUUGAAGGCUCAAGAUGCGGAUCUGGCGCUCGCCCACGAGCUCAUGCGCGAGCGAGCAAGACUGGAGCAAGCUUUCCUUGAUGGGCUACGAGCAUUGGUCAAGAAGCACAAACCAGAGUCUGAGGAGGAUAACAGGGAGUACUCAAAGGUACUCAUCACCGCUUUUGAACAAGAAAUCGAGGCCCGCUCAAAGCGGAAUUCAAAUAUACCCGAGUGGCCUGCGAAGAAGGAGCUGCCAGUUGGGUUUCAACUCGCAAAGGCGCAUCAUGAUGCACAGAUAACACAUGAUGACAAGUAUAGCAGGCUAUGGGCUUCGAAGGACGAGCUCAAGGAAUGGCUCAUUACACAGUUUAGGCCGAAUGCACGAAUGCCAUUGGUCGAACUCGAAUACCGCCUAAGCGUUCACCAUCAGCGCACUUCUGCGAGGUGUCUUCGGGAGUGGUAUGAAAACGAGCUACCAAGACUGAUGGAGUCUCAUCAUUCGGCCCUGGAGGAGACGAAAGCGACCAUAAUCAACACAGUAAGAGACAUUAUCAAUUGUGCAUCGACAUUGUGUAGUCAGGUGUACUCCCGUGCAUCUGGAAACGCAUCAAAUUUAUCUCCAUUGAGCCAUCGGGCAUCACUCCAAGGGAAGCUGGACGUAGAAUUGGCCAGCCACGCACUCAUCCCGGCGGACUACUACAACUGGUUCUUCGAUGGCAAACCCUCGCCUCUGCUCUUUGGCAUAGGUACUCUUCCCCUAGAUUUCUCUGGCAUGCCAAAUUGGGAACCGAAUGAGGCGGAUAUACUCUUCUACGUGAAUUUGGACAUACCCAGACUGCUGAAGGCCGAGGAGAUCAAUGGUCUCGAUUCUGUUCCUUCUAAACGUGUCAUUCUGUUUGAACUCGCGCAAUACGGGCCACUGCUUCCCUUAAACUCACAAGAGGUUGAUCGACUCUUCUUUUCCAGGAAAAUAUCACGGGCUGAUCUGGUUUCUCUUUUGGUGCCAGAUGAACCGGUCUGGGAGCCCCUAGGAUGUGUCAGGCGCAAAGAAUUGCUCAAGAUGGCGAUCGGCAAGGUUGAUCCAUGGUGGCUCACAUUCCGGCCAGGUUGUGCUCAUAUUUGGGAGGUUAUCCAGCGGAAAUGGGAUUUCGAAACCGACAGGCCAAAGCCUAGAGAAAAGUAA